AUGCCAGAAAUACUCCGCACCGAUCCCAACAUAAUCAUCACCGGCACGCCAGGCGUAGGCAAGACCACGACAGCCCAAGAGCUCGCCUUGCGCACCGGCCUGCACCACCUUGACAUUAAUGAAGUGGUGAAGAAACACAACAUCGGCGAGACUUCUUCUGACCCUGACGACCCUAACGUCAAGAUCGUGGACGAAGACCGCUUGCUGGACUGCAUCGAGAACGACUUGGAGGAGGGAGGACAGAUCAUUGACUGGCAUGCCUGCGACCUCUUCCCGCCGAGUCUCAUCGACCUUGUCUGUGUGAUCAGAUGCGACAACAAGGUUCUGUAUGACCGGCUGAAGAAGAGAGGGUACGGGGAGAAGAAGUUGCAGGAGAAUCUGGAUUGUGAGAUCAUGGAGGUGUUGGUGCAGGAGGCUAGAGAGGCGUACGAUGAGGGAAUGGUCGUUGAGCUGCGGAGUGAGAAGACGGGCGAUGUCGAUGCGAAUGUGGAUCGAAUCGAGGAGUGGGUGCAGAAUUGGAAGAAGGAUCACGGUAAAGAUGGUCUGCAGGCGCAGGAGGAUGUUCAGAAGGAUGAGGAUGAUCCGAUGUUUCUCCAUGGGUGA